AUGUACAAACAAGCCGAGGCCUCCUUCUGGACGGCCGAAGAGCUCGACCUCGCCCACGACAAGACGGACUGGGAAAAGUUAACGGACAACGAACGUCACUUUGUCUCACACGUCCUCGCCUUCUUCGCCGCCUCGGACGGCAUUGUGAACGAGAAUUUGGCCUUGAAUUUCUCAAACGAGAUCCAGUUACCGGAGGCUCGAUGCUUCUACGGUUUCCAAAUCGCCAUCGAAAAUAUUCACAGUGAGGUGUAUUCCCUCCUUAUUGACACUUACAUCAAGAACCCAUCCGAGAAACACAAGCUCUUAAACGCCAUUGAGACCGUCCCUUGUGUCCGACGCAAGGCGCGUUGGGCGCUCCGGUGGUGCGACCGCAAGUACGCGUCUUUUGCCGAGCGCUUGAUCGCCUUUGCAGCCGUGGAGGGCAUCUUUUUCUCCGGCUCCUUCUGCUCGAUUUUCUGGUUGAAGAAGCGGGGCCUGAUGCCGGGCCUUGCUUUCUCCAACGAGCUCAUCUCCCGGGAUGAAGGCCUGCACUGCGACUUUGCCUGCCUCCUGUACACCAAAUGCAAGAUCAAAUGCCCGGAGGAGCGGGUCAAGGCAAUCAUCCAAGACGCGGUGGCCAUCGAGAAGCAAUUCAUCACCGACGCCUUGCCGGUGGAGCUUAUUGGAAUGAACAGUCGACUCAUGUGUGAGUAUAUCGAGUUCUGCGCCGACCGCCUCCUCUUAGCCUUGGGCUGCGAGAAGGCGUACCAUUCCCGCAACCCCUUCGAUUGGAUGGACCUGAUUUCCUUGCAGGGAAAGACGAAUUUUUUCGAAAAGCGAGUGGGUGAAUAUGCCAAGAGCGGCGUAGGUGGGAACAUCGAGGAUCAAGUCUUCUCAUUAGAGGUCGACUUCUAA